ACAGCAGGAGGCAGGAUGGCAGAGGGCUGUUAUCAGGAUGGAUCAAUUGCCUUAUUUUAUGGAAGUGGCGGUGAAGGGAGCUGGUGGGGGUGGAUCCAGAGUACCAGAGAUAAGGUGAUAUCUCAGUCAUCAGAAGUUUUAGAGUUUGUAAAAAAAGACAUAGAUGAGUUUACCAAAGUUGUGUCUGAAGAGGCGUCAUCAGUGGUGUCCUCAACAGCCAGCACACUCAAGGAGAAGCUCAGGCUUGAUGAAGACGACAGCACAGCAAACAACAUGAAAAAGAGUGUGAGUGGGUUCCUAAAUCACGUUGCAGAAGUUUUCACUCCUCCACCAGAUGAUGCAGACCAAGAGGCUAUUGUGAUUCGCAACCAACAACCCGUCAUAUUAAAUAGACUGCAGGCAGCCAUAUAUGCAAUAUCUCAGGAUCCAGCCACCUUUCUGACAGACCCUGAGGGAGAAGAACCACAGUACGAAGCCUGGUUGACGACCUUCGACCUGGAGUCCCGACAGACAGAGCUCUCUGACCUCCUUGUUAAUAACCAGCCUCUUAGACAUCAUUAUACCUCUCUUGUUCCAGCCCAGGUGUCUCAUGUGGUAUUUUGGCAUCACUAUUUUUAUAAAGUCCAUCGAUUAGAAGCAGCAGAAGCUCGACGACAGGAACUCAAACAACGAGCUAACAAAACUGCCGAUGACUCAGAACUGGUAUGGGAUGAAGAUGAGGACUUUGGAGGGGACGUAGAAAUACCCGAGGAGAUGCAGGCCCGACUACUUGAAGACUACCAGCGAGAAUGUGAAGAAAAGGGGAAGACAAUUUCUGAUAGUGAAGGGAAACUAAAGGACACAACUGAUAAUCUUGAAACAGCAGACAAAGUUGUGGACUCAGUGGUAACAGAGAAAGAUGUAAUUUCUCCCAAAAAUAGCUCAGAUACAAAGUCUGAUGACACUUCCACGAAGGGCUUAUUAGAAGAGCUCAAAGUGGAUUUAACUAAAACUUCAGAUUCCACCAGUAAGCCCUCACCCUCAUCAACAGAGAGCAAUGAAGAUGAAUGGGAAAAGGUUGAUGCUACAGAUGCUGCAAAUUCUCAGGCUUCUUCCUCAUCCAGUAAGAGCACCAAGAUCGAAAAGUCUGAUGAGCAGAAGAGUGAAGACUGGGAAAGCUGGGAUUGAGGAACUGAGACUGUAAGGGGUGCUCUUCUGACUGACACAAAGGCCAUGUACUAAACUUUUUUUCUGAGAAAGUUUGUUGUGUGGCCAGCCUUGUUAAUACUUUCUCUAGGGUCUCAUCUUUUUCUAAUCAUGUAGUUUUCUUUGAUGAAUCAUCAUUAAUCGUUAUCAGCUAGUUAGUGUUCAUGUAGUUUAUGUUUCAAUAUUAGCACAUUGGAAUAUUUAGUUAUAUAUAUAUAGUGUGAAAUAUAUUUAGAAUGUCAUUAUGGUUUGUUAUUUCUCUGUUUUCUCAGAAACAAGGGAUGUAAUCUUUGCCUCUCUUGGCUCACAUAUAAGGGAUGUUAUCUUUGCUCUGAUGGCUUAUUCUUAUUUUAAUUUUCUAUCAUGGAUCAAACAAAGGACAAUCCUUAAAUGAAAAAUAAUGCAUUACAGUUCAGUAUAUUGAAACAAAGACUUAGUGAAGGUUAGUGGUUUUGUUUAAUCGGUGAACCUUAUUGUCAUCAGCAUCUGUAUGAGUGGAAAUGAACAUAUAGUAGAUUUUAAUUUUAAUAAAAUUGCAAAUUUAUCUAAAUUGGACUCGGUCUUUAAUACAGUCAAUGGAACUUAGCUCUUUAAAAAACACUGGUAGACAUUACAGUAAUAUGUAUAGACCUGUUUAAUUCAUCCACUGUUUUGAGUUUGGAUGUAAAAUUUGUUGUUAGUUACUCAGUUACUCUUAUCUGGUAUUAACAUAUAAUUGUAAUGGUAUAUCUUUAAAUUUAGUUUUAUACUACAUUUAGCUUUUAGAUAUACCAAACCCUAAUAGAACUUUAUAUAGAGAAUAUAUUUUAGAUUGAUUUCAAAUUUAUGUGCAUAAUGUUAUUUGUCACUUGGUAGUGAGAAAUAUGAUAAUUCAUGUUUACACAAAAAGUUGCACAUACUGUAGGUUUGUACUGAUGGUGUAGGGAAGAAGUAUAGCGUUCUUUUACCUUGGGGCAAACAACAUAACCACGUAUGCAAAGGAAUGCUUAUAGGUUUCUUGAAUACAGUAUAUUGGUAUGUAUUGGUAAAAAAAGAAGCAAAUUCUUGUACCUUGUGGAAUAUUAGUUUUAGACUUUUUACAAGAUGGUUGGAGCCGAUAACUUCUUCCAGUAUUGAAAUAUAUCUUGCCAUCCUUAACUUCGUUCUGAUUGAUUAGCAUAGCUCCAAGUUAUGUAUCACAGCAAGUUAGGCUUUCUUUCAUGAAACAAUUAAGACAUAGCAGUGAAGAGUAAAACAAACAAAAAAUGUUGGUUAUGGCUUAAUGUUUGGGCUGUAUGCACUUUGGCACUGAACAAGAUAUAAAUCUUGAAGUUUAAUUGAAUUUAAAUAUCCACCUGUAUUAUAACUUUUUAAAUUAUAGUACUCUGCAUUAAUUGCUCAUUGCUGUCAUGUGCCUUCUUUCAUUUUUUUGGGCAAUCACUAUUAACUUUUCAACUUAUUGUGUAUAAUUCCUUUACAGUAUCUUCAGAGUGGAUGCUAAUAGAGUGGUGCUUGACCUUGUUGGUUGCACUCAGCUAUAAUAGCUUAAGAAUAAUGGAUGGAACCUCUGCUUAUAUAUUUGUCAGCUAAAGGUAACAUCACUUAGGUUGUCUCCUACAGCUUUAUAGGGUAAUAACUCCCAGGUGAGAUGGGCUAGGCGAGUUCAAGGUUUUAGCAUGACAGUGACUGCUUCAGGAAGCACCAAAGACAUUAUCAGUCCUACAGUGUUGCAUAGCUCUGGGAUCAAAGUUUUCGCUUCUUAUGAGUUGAAAGUGUAUAGUUUUCACUAGCUAAGGUACUGUCUUAUCUCUACAAUAACCACAAAGAUCUGCUCAUGUUGAACCUGUCAACAACUAACCCUUGACACAGACCAGCAGAAGGUGUCCUUUCCAGCUAUUUUUCACCUCCUUUAUCACUAAUUAAUGCACGUAAGCUCUCUGCUAAAUGCUCGUAAUGUUUUCUUAUAACUAUUAUUUGAAUAUAUUAGACCACAACAUAAGUUUGUUAUGGUAAAGGGUUAUCUUAAUCAUUUCCAGUAAUGUAAAUGACAUUAGAUACAUAGUCUUGAACUUCAUUUGUAGCCAUAGUAAAAUUUUACUCUCAUUGCUUUUGUGUGAAUUCUUGGCCAAAAUAUAUUAGAACUAUAUGCUGUGUGUAACAUUCACCAUAUUAACUCUCUCUCAGCUUCAAUACGGUGAUUGACAUUUUUGUCAUUCUACAUUACUCACAGUUGUUUUGGCAUUUUUCACUUACUUUCCACAUAAUUCUCCAUUUCAUAUACAAGGUAAAUUAGAGUAAUUUGUACUUUAAUUAUCUGUUUUACAAGCAUAUAAAGAUAUUGUAAUAUACAUUUUCUGGGAUUUUAUUAGUUUUAGUAGGUAAAAAAAUAAUUUAUACAAAUAUAGUAUAUUUAAUAUAUCUAUGGUUUUGCAUAAACUAAUGAAUACAACCUUGGAUCAAUGCAAGAGCUGCACUACUUGAGGAAGGAAAUGUUAUUACUGUAUACAUUUCCUGUUAUUCCAAGACUUGCUGGUCAGUGAAGGUAGUGGGAAAACUGUAAACAUUGACACUUAUCAUUAAAGGAUUUAUAGUAAAA